AUGAAGCGUUAUUGGUUAAGCGUAUUCAAUUAUAAUUUUAUUAGUGUAUUUAUUAUUGUAACGUUAAUAGGGAAAUGUGACAGUGUUUCUAUUAAUAAAACAUUCAUAUCCGAGUUACUAAAGAAUGAAUUGCCAAUUUUUAACUCUAAUACUGUGCCAAAUCUUAAAGGAAUUACAAAUGAUUACUUCCGUGGAUUGAAAAAUGAGGAUGUGAAUUUGAAUAUUACACAGUUAUUAACAAAAUACGGGUAUCCUGUUGAACAACAUGAAGUGGUCACCAGUGAUGGAUACAUACUCACUAUGUUUCGGAUUCCAAGCAACGGACCGCCGGUGUUCCUUAUGCAUGGAUUACUGUGCAGUUCCGACGACUUCGUGACGGCUGGACCAAAGAGUGCGCUGGCCUAUUUGCUAGCCGAUGCCGGGUACGAUGUCUGGUUGGGUAACGACCGUGGUAACAAGCACUCCAGACGUCACAUCAGCUUGUCAACGAACGAUAAAGAAUUCUGGGACUUCAGUUGGGAUGAAAUCGGUCGCUUUGAUCUGCCAGCUAUGAUUGAUUACGUGUUAAAAAUUACAGGUACAAAUCAAUUACAAUACAUUGGUCAUUCACAGGGUACAACAGCUUUCUUUGUUCUGUGUUCAGAGCGACCGGAAUACAAUGAAAAAAUAACUAUAAUGAUAGCGUUGUCUGCAGUAGCAUGGAUGUCCCACACAACAAGUGCUCCCUUCAGAUUAGUAUCACCAUUCACUCCAAUUGUAGAAGACCUCACACGAGCGAUAGGUCUUUAUGAAGUUCUGCCAAGAAAUAAACUUUUAGAUAUUGCAACUGACAUUUCGUGUGGCACGCCUGUAACUGCUAAAAUAUUUUGUACCAAUCUAUUAUUUAUUGUUUAUGGAUUUGAUUACGCUCAAGUAAACGCUACCAAUUUGCCGGUAAUUUACUCUCAUUAUCCAUCUGGAGCUGCUACCAAACAAUUUCUACAUUACGCACAAGAUAUACAGUCCGGAAUAUUUCGCAGAUAUGACUAUGGACCUAAAUUGAAUUUAGAAAAAUAUAAUUCUAUACAACCGCCAAGAUAUCCAGUGGAAAGGAUAACAGCAAAAGUUGCCAUCGCAUACAGUGACAAUGACGUGAUUACAACUAAGCCUGAUCUUGAAAUUCUUGUGAGUAAAUUGCCAAAUGUGGUGGAACUAUACAGGGUACCUUUUACAAAAUUUUCCCACAUGGACUUUAUAUAUGCAAGAGAUGUAAGAAAAUUACUUUAUUAUCGUGUAUUAGAUUUAUUACGUGAGUAUGCACCAACAAAUCCUUACACUGAUAUACCAAAUUUCUGGGUCAAUUUAUAA